AUGCAGUUUCCACUCAAAUACGUCUUCUUGACACAUGGUCAUCACGACCACACAGCCGCACUGCCAACGUUACUGCGUGCGUAUCCAGAGAUUAAAGUGGUAAUCGCUAGGAAUGAGUAUCCGUUUGUCGUCGAGGGAAAAAAGUACAGGGACUGCAAUGGUGAUACUUGCAUAUUUCAGUUGUUCAAGGGACUGGCCGAAGAGAGUAAGGUUAAAGUGGAUAAAGAGAACGUGGUGGUAAUCGAGUCGGGGGAAGAGGAGAAUACGAUAUUUGGAAAUGUUGUCAAGGUUGUUCGAACGAAUGGGCAUACUCCUGGUUCACUCUCGUUUCUUCACAUCCCAUCCAAUUCGCUUGCUUGUGGAGAUGCUCUAAUGAACUUGGCCUUUCUGACGUCGCCAUCGCUAUCAUUACCUGUGACUGCGUUCACAGUUUCGGUGAGCGGUGCGCGCCGUUCGAUCAAACAGAUAUCUGAACUUCAGGAUGUAAACUAUGUUAUGCCAGCUCAUGAUCUCAGCUUUGGCGGAGUGCCAAUAGAAAAGGUCAGAGAGUUUGCAAGCAGGCUGUAA